CCUCGGAAGUAGUAAUAAUGGCCGCAGAUAAGGUUUUAUACCUAAAAUUUAUCGGACGCAUGGAAUGUCGCCAAGAUUAGAGUGCAUGGAUUUAAAGUAGCAGUAUGUGAACACUUAGUUUUCACAUUAAAAAACAUAACCAACAGGCAUUAAAUUCAAGGAGUUAAAAAACAAAAUCUUUAAGAACAACGAAAUUCAAAUUCUCACACCUCCAUUCCGAUUUUUGGCAGGUUGAAUGCACCAUGUCGUUUCCUCUCCCCAAACCACAGACUCCUCAGCUUCCUCAACAUCUUCUCCGGACCAUCGACUGUCAACAAGGAGCCGUCAGAGCAGUGCGCUUCAAUGUGGAUGGCCAGUACCUGCUCUCCUGCGGAGGUGACAAGUCUCUGAAGCUCUGGAGCGGCAGCCGAGGGACACUGCUCAAGACCUACAGCGGCCACGGAUAUGAGGUGCUGGAUGCUGACGGGUCAUUUGACAACAGUAACAUCUGCUCGUGCAGUUCUGACAAGACUGUGAUCCUUUGGGAUGUGGCCACGGGUCAGGUGGCUCGCAAACUACGAGGACACGCCGGGAAAGUCAACUGUGUGCAGUUCAACGAAGAGGCCACCGUCAUCUUGUCUGGCUCCUUAGAUGGGACGGUGCGCUGCUGGGACACCAGGUCCCGUAAGAAUGAACCCAUCCAAGUUUUGGACGAGGCCCGGGACAGCGUCAGUAGCCUGAAGGUGUCCAAACAUGAGAUCCUCACCGGGUCUGUGGACGGUAGAGUGAGACGCUACGACCUGAGGAUGGGACAGCUUCACGUGGACUUCCUCAACAGUCAGACAUCUUUGUUUUCUUGUUCUUCUGCAUGGGUGGUUCUGUCAUUGUGUGUGUGUGUGUUUUGGUCAGGUCCCAUCACAUGCGUGUGCUUCAGUCAAGAUGGCCAGUGCACACUCAGCUCCAGUCUGGACUCCACAGUCAGACUGCUAGAUAAGAGCACGGGAGAAAUGCUGGGAGAAUACACGGGACACACGAUGAAGGGAUACAAGCUUGAGUGCUGUCUGUCCAGCAAAGACACCCACGUGCUGAGCUGCUCUGAGGACGGACAUGUUUACUUCUGGGACUUGGUGGAGGGUUGUUUGUCAUGGAAACUUCCCGUGGGCAAAGCUGUGGUCCAGUCUUUGUCCUUUCACCCUACGCAGACACGCCUCCUCACCGCCAGCGAGAGCCGCAUACAAGUGUGGGCGGCCGAGCUUGAAGAUCCUGACAAAAAUGACGACGACAAUGUCACCAUGGCAAUGUGAUUUACCCCUUAAAAGAAGCUGGACAUUUGCAUUUCUUUUUGUGAAACAAGAUUGGUGAACCAUAACGGGGCACAAUGGCAUCUUACCACAGAGGAUAACAGAAGCUUUCUCUGAAAAGUCCAAGAAGACAUUGUGGAAACUUGAGGCAUUCUUCUACUCGAUCUGACUGGACCCUCAUCGAUCACAUUGUACAGUGGUACCUCUACUUACGAACGUCUCGAGGAAUGAAAAAUUCACGUUACGAAUCCCUCCUCAGUAAAAUAGUGCCUCUAGUUAUGGAGGAAAUUCAGGAUAUGAAAGGAAAAAAUAAAGGCUGGAUUCCCCAGAUUCCACCGAACGGAAAACAUCCUGUAUCUUGGAUUGUGUGGUGCGAUAGGGCUGCUCUCCCAUGGGCUAUUGCCGUAGCAUCUUCCUAGCAUCGCAUUGGCUCGGAGGGACGUCAGUCUUUACCCAUGAUGCUUUUUGAGUCCCACGGACACUCGGUUGUCACCGAAUCUCGUUUGCGCCGUCACAAGCUGAUGCACAUUGGAAAAGUACAACUUUUUCAUUUGUGUUUUUGCAAGUUUAUUCAUCUAUCUUCACCAUGGGCCCCAGGAAAGUUUAUUGGAAUUAAGUUGUGUAUGUUUGAACGUACGUUUUCUCUCAGAUGUCAAAACGUUUGCUUUCUCUGUCUCCCACGAUACCUUUUGCUUGUCACUCACCCUUCUCUUCGCAUAGUCAUCCAACACCAAAGGUAAAUGAACAAAUUUUUAAAAUAAUUUUUUACACCGUGUACUUUAAAUGCUUUUUUUUUUUGCGGGGGCCAUGGAACACAUUACGCUAUUGACAUGUAAAAUGGGCUUCCACCAGGGAUGAGAAUUUUCCGCGGAUUUGUGGAAUUCCGAGUUUUUUCAUCUGAAAUUGUCAUUUUUGUGAAACGUGUGAAUCCGUUGAGAAAAUGUCUGUGUGUGGCGUCGGCUUGACACGGGGCGAGGCUGUCGGCAACGCUCGUCGUGAAAUCAGUCACAGCUGUGAUAGCGGAAAACGCCAUUGCUUUAUAAUAACGGCAACUAUCUGAUUUCUGGCACCAUUUUGGCGGUAUUUCGUCUGUAUUUUCACCCUGAAGGUAACAUUUGAUAGAGAAGCAUUCUGUUUACUACGGCAUAGUUAUAACUUAUAGACAUACGGACGCAUAUGUUAUCCAAUGAUCUCCAUGUUUGCUAGUAUGGCGAAAGUCUUGGAGCAAAAAGAUGAAGAGUGCCAGGGAAAUUGAUAAAAACUACGGGGUAAAAAACUUUCAGAUGGGCAUGGCUUGAAAUAAGUGUAAUCGUGUAGAGAGAAAUGAAAACUAUCAACAUGUCUAACCGAACACAUACAAAAAGUGGACGUUCCCGGCAAAGUGCUGUGCACUCUGUUCUGCUAGGAGCAAAAAAUAUCAAGGAGCAUAUCCAAACCAAGAAACACAAAGGUAAGUUGGACUUAAAUUUCUCAAAUAUUAUAUAAUUGAACACUGUUAAUACGAUUAGGCCGAUCUGUAGCACUGGCCCUGUAUAUCACGCAUUUUAUCGCUCACUGUUAUAUUUUGAAAAUUGCAUUUACACUGUUAGAAGUAACCAGAGGUCACCAUUUAACAGUGUUUUGUAAAACAUUUUCAUGCCCAAAGGGGGGUGCACCCGCCUUUGAACCCCACCCAAAAAAUAUUGGUAUUUAUAUUGAAAAAAUCUGAGUGGCUCUAUCACUAUGUGGGACUUAUUCUUGAUUGAAAACAGAUCCAUCAACUAAGUAUUUGUAUGCGUCCAGACUUUUCUACGCUUUCAAACUCUCUAAAUCUUGCCGAC